CUGAUCUGUGUGUGAGAAGGGAUUCAGUCGGUCAUCCCACCUGUGGACACACCAGUCAGUUCACACUGGGCAGAGGCUGGUCAUCUGCUGAAUUUGUGGGGAAGGAUUCACUCGGUCAUCUGACCUAAUGGCUCGCCAGCGAGUUCACACUGGGGAGAAGCCAUUCACCUGCUCUGUCUGUGGGAAGAGAUUCACUGAUUCAUCCUCCCUACAGAGACAUCAGCGAGUUCACACUGGGGAGAAGCCAUUCACCUGCUCAGUCUGUGGGAAGAGAUUCACUGAGUCAUCCAACCUACUGGCACAUCAGCGAGUUCACACUGGGGAGAAGCCGUUCACCUGCUCAGUCUGUGGGAAGAGAUUCACUAAUUCAUCCACCCUACAGAGACAUCAGCGAGUUCACACUGGGGAGAAGCCGUUCACCUGCUCAGUCUGUGGGAAGAGAUUUGCUGAUCAAUCCAGCCAACAGAAACAUCAGCGAGUUCACACUGGGGAGAAGCCGUUUACCUGCUCAGUCUGUGGGAAGAGAUUCACUGAGUCAUCCAGCCUACAGAGACAUCAGCGAGUCCACACUGGGGAGAAGCCAUUCACCUGCUCAGUCUGUGGGAAAAGAUUCACUCGGUCAUCCAACCUCCAGAGUCAUCAGCGAGUUCACACUGGGGAGAAGCCAUUCACCUGCUCAGUAUGUGGGAAGGGAUUCACUCAGUCAUCCAACCUACAGAGUCAUCAGCGAGUUCACACUGGGGAGAAGCCGUUCACCUGCUUGGAAUGUGGGAAGGGAUUCACUCAGUUAUCCAGCCUACAGAGUCAUCAGCGAGUUCACACUGGAGAGAAGCCGUUCACCUGCUCAGUCUGUGGGAAGAGAUUCACUAAUUCAUCCAGCCUACAGAAUCAUCAGCGAGUUCACACUGGGGAGAAGCCGUUCACCUGCUCGGACUGUGGGAAGAGAUUCACUCAGUCAUCCAGCCUACAGACUCAUCAACGUGUUCACACUGGGAAGAAGCCAUUCACCUGCUUAGAAUGUGGGAAAGGAUUCAGUCAGUCAUCCAAACUACUGGCACACCAGUCAGUUCACAGUGGGGAGUGGCCGUUCACCUGCUCAGACUGUGGGAAGGGAUUCACUUGCUCGUCUAAGCUAAUGGCUCACCAGCGAGUUCACACUGGAGAGAUGCUGUUCACCUGCUCAGUCUCUGAGAAGAGAUUAACUGAGUCAUCCAACCUAGUGGCACAUCAGCAAGGUCACACUGGGGAGAAGCCGUUCACCUGCUCAGUCUGUGGGAAGAGAUUCACUCAGUCGUCCCCCCUACAGAGUCAUCAGCGAGUUCACACUGGGGAGAAGCCAUUCACCUGCAUAGUCUGUGGGAAAAGAUUCACUCAGUCAUCCACCCUACAGAAACAUCAGCGAGUUCACACUGGGGAGAAGCCAAUCACCUGCUCAGUCUGUGGGAAGAGAUUCACUCAGUCAUCCAACCUACAGAGUCAUCAGCGAGUUCACACCGGGGAGAAGCCCUUCACCAGCUCAGAAUGUGGGAAAGGAUUCACUCAGUCAUCUCACCUACUGGCACACCAGUCAGUUCACAAUGGGGAAUGGCCAUUGUUAUGAAUCCCUAGAUUUUGUUUCCUGUGAACUGUCAUUUUGAGAGAGAGAGAGAGAUUAAGAAUGGAAAUCAGUCUGACAUGCAUCUUGUUUUCAUCGCUGACAGCUUGUUUAGUUUUAACCAAGGACACAGAUACUCAGUCAGGCAGAGAUGAAGGAGAAAAAAUGGAAGGUUCGAAACAAGGGAACUACUGGCCAAGGGUCACUGUUUCAAACUUUCCUCUGCCCACAAGGGUGGGUUAAUUAUCAAUUCAGCGUACAUCGAAUGUGUGGUUGUCACCUCGUUUGAUCCAUAGGAGUGGAUCAGAUUUGGGGUAUCCUGUGAAGACCACUUAUGUGUCAACCCUUGCCUGGGUGUGGUGUGGAAAUUCACUUGAAGACGAUACCUCUUGUGACAAGUCACUUUUGGUGAUAAUGUGUAUGUGCAUUUUGAACAACGAUGGAUAAAAUCUAC